AUGGCUGCGGCCGCUGUCUUGGCUUUCGCCGAAAGCCUGAGAGGAGGCGCAGUUGCUUGCCCUUCGAGGAAGACCUCGACGACGACUGGUUGGGAUGAGGCGUCCUUGCGCCGGCAACUGCAACUUAUUUCCAGUGCCUGGAUAAUCAAUAGGCAUUCAAACCAUAAUACAUCGUACACCGGUGCCUCUAAAGAAAGGCAUCUCAUUCUUCCCGAUAUCUCGCCUUCUUGGCAUCGCAGAUUACGACAUCUUCACGAAGAAAAAGAAACGGAAGCGGCUGCGGCGGCUGCAGCUUGCACUGAUUCUUCUUCUAGUUAUGCUGUCCGCCAGCAACCUUCUACGCCAGACGGCGGAGCGGUAUCGCCAUCACCAGCGGCCUCUCGGCGAAAACGCAACUCUUCGGACGACCUGUUCGCCGACCCGUCCAAGCCCUCCACAUCGAUCGACUUUGAAUGGCUAGAAAAUGUGACCCAAGCCGCCAAGAAGAAAAAGAAGGCUGGUGGUAACAACAACAAUAACAACAGUAACAGCUUCAGCUGGGGCGACGAGGGCAAGAAGGAAGAGGACAAAGCCAACGGCGAUGAUGGCGGCACCAACGCCGGCGACGCAGGUGGUGAUGCUGGCGCAGGCGCUGGCGGUGACGGUGAUGAUAACAAAGACAACAAAGGCGACGGCGGCGACGAGCCUGCUGACGACUGGGGUGAUUUCACCACUGCCAAGUCUAAGAAGAAAAAGAAAAAGGGCACCGAUGCCGACGCCGAAGCAGAUACUGCCCCUAAGAUUCCAGACGCCGACUUUGGCGGGGAUGCCUUUCAUGAGAUCAAACUCGGCGACGACGGCGGAAAGCUCGACGUUGAUUUCGGUGCUUCAGAUACAAAAAAUAAUUUCGGCUCAUGGGGUACCAAAUGGAACACUGGCGGCAACUCCUGGGACUGGGCCGGGGCCAAUGGGGCGCCACCUCCGGAAAAGAAGGACGACAUCGACACAAAUCCAUGGGGUACCGCUAAGAAUUCAAAAAAAAAGGCGGAUACCUCAUUCUCCUUCGGUGCCUUGGAUGAAGCGGAAGAGAAGCCCGCCGAAACGUCUCCUUCGAAAGAGGAAGAUGAUUUCGGGUUUACUACCUCUAUCAGCAAAAAGGACAAGAAGAAGAAGGCGACUAGUGCUUGGGGCGCGAGCCCUGUCGAGGAGGUAAAAGAAACCAAGGCGAAGGAACCCGAUGCCGAUCCUUGGGGUUGGAGUACUAGUACUACCAAGAAAAAGGGCAAAAAUGAUCCGGAGCCGGAACCAGAGCCUGCAGCUGCUGCCCCUGCCGCCGACGACUGGAUGAUGCCGGCGUCGAAGAAGGACAAGAAAAAGAAGAAGGGUGCCAUCGAAGUGGUCGAGCCGGAGCCGGAACCAGAGCCGGAGCCGGUAAAGAAGGAAGACGAUGCCUGGGAUACUUGGGGCGCGUCCAAGAAAGACAAGAAAAAGAAGAAGAGUGGCUCGGAGGAUGUUGCAGCUCCGGAUCCGACGCCUGCACCCGCCGCGGAACCCGAGCCUGUCGACGAUUUUUGGGGUGCUGUGACCAAGAAAGACAAGAAGAAGAAGAAAGACGCCGAACCCGAACCGAAAUCCGAACCUGUAAAGGAACCCGAACCCGAACCCGAACCGGAAAAGAAGGAUGACGACCCUUGGGGCUUCGCCGUGUCAAAAAAAGACAAGAAAAAGAAGAAGAAGGCUGCCCUGUUCGAUGAUCCUGAGCCAGUGCCGGAAGCCCCUCCCGAAGACACCAAGAAGGCAGACGACGGCGAUGAGUUCUGGGACAGCUUCGGCGGCAAGAAGGACAAGAAGAAGGAGCCGGAGCUGACACCUGAGCCAGAACCCGUUGAGGAGAAGAAGGAAGAGAAGAAAGAAGAGGAUGACUUCUGGGCUACAAUGGGAACUUCCAAGAAAGACAAGAAAAAGAAGAAAAAGGGCGCCGAGCCAGACCCGGAGCCUGAGCCUGUCAAGAUUCCUGAACCAGACCCCGAACCUGUCGAAGAAAAGAAGGACGACGACGACUUUUGGGGCAACUUGAGUACUUCGAAAAAGGAUAAGGACAAAAAGAAGAAGAAAGCCUCAAUGCUUGACGACCCACCAAAAGAAGAAGCCAAAAAGGAAGAGCCCAAGGAAGACGAUCUUUGGGGCGGUUGGGGUGCUGCGUCUGGUAAAAAGGACAAGAAGAAAAAGAAGGGCGACUUGAUUGAUCUCGACGAACAAGACAAGAAAUCCGAUUCAAAGGACGAACCCAAGGACGAGGACGACGACUUCUUCAGUUCUUUUGGUACGGGCAAGAAGGAUAAGAAGAAGGGUGCGAUUGAUGACACUUCCACGGAGCCACCGGCCGAGGCCGAAGACGACAUUUGGGGCACCGUUUCCAAGAAGGACAAGAAGAAGAAGGAUAAGUCAAGCGAUCUACUUGAUACUACUGAAACCGACACGAAAUCGAAAUCCAAGGAUAAAGACGACAAGGAAAAGGAGCCGAAGCUAAGCGCGAAGGAACUCAAGAAGCUCGAAAAGGAAAAGAAGAAGGCCGAAAAGGAAAAAGCGGAACAGGAGGCCCGCGAAGCCGAAGAAGCCGCCAAGGCAGCCGAGGAAGCUGAAGAACAAGCCGCCAAGGAAGCCGAAGAACAAGCCGCCCGCGAAGCUGAGGAAGCCGUCGCCAAGGAAGCCGAGGACAAGCUACGACAGGAAGAGGAAGAACAGGCGCUAAUUGUGCAGGAGGAAGAAGAGCUGGCAGCGCUGGUCGCCAAAAAGGCCAAGAAGGGCAAGCUUACGAAGAAGGACACUGAAAAAUUUAACCUGCUUACAGAAAAGGCUGAGAAGCGCGCCGAAGAGCAGACAACCAAAGAGGCCGAAGAGCUAGCCGCCAAAGAAGCUGAAGAACAGGCUGCUCGCGAGGCCGAAGAGCAAGCUGCUCGUGAGGCUGAGGAGCAAGCGGCGCAUCUCAAGCCAGAUGAAAUUGAGGAGCUCCUGUCUUCGCCCCAGGACAAGUCGACGAAUGACGCGUUUAACUUUUGGGGCGUCUCUUCGGCCAAAAAGUCCAAAAAAGUUCUGGAAGAUGCCAUGGAGGAAAUUGCUGCGACGCCCCUUUCUAAGUCAAAUGAGGCUGCUUCCAUGAAGCGCAAGCCUGUCGGGGGCAAAAUUGCCGAUAAACUCAAGUCUUUCGAAGCUGCUCAGGAGGAAGAAGAAGCUAUUUUGGUACCCCCGCCUCCGCCGUCUCCACCCAAAGACGAGGAUAGGAAAGAGAGGAAGAAGAAGUCCAAAGGUGUAGAGGUUGUUGAGCCUCCUGUUUCUUCGUCCAAGAAGAGCCGCAAGGAAGCAGACCUCCCCGGAAGCUUUCCCAUCGACGAUGACGACCUAGAUUUUGUCACUACUGACAUGAGCCCCAAGGAGAAGAAAAAGAGCAAGAAGAGCAAACACAAGUCUCAUGACGAAGCUCCUCCUCCUCCCCCGCCCCCCGUUCCCGACGCACCGCUGACGCCGCCACCUGAAAGGUCUUCCAAGAAAGACCGCCCCAAGAUCAACCGCGACGGCUCGUCGUCUUGGGGCGCUUGGGGCACCUCGGGAUAUCGCAAGGACGAACGCAAGGAGGAGCGCACCAGAGAGGAGCGCAAAGAAGAGCGCCGAUCAUCCAAGUCCAAGACUGAUAAGUCGUCGAAGCGAGCUGGCGAGAAAUCCUCCUCAAAGGGGUCCGGGUCGGACAAGGGCGACGAAAAGCCCUCCAAGACGCCUUCCAAAUCGCGCGGCUCCGCUGCUGUUAGCACACCUCCCAUCUCGCGAUCGAUGUCCACACGCGACAGAAAGGCCAAUGGCAGCCACUCUUCGCGCCGUCAUUCCCUCGGGGGCCAUGGUCUUGCCUCACCACCACCCGAGGAGCCGCCAGAGAUGUCGGCCAAGGCAGCCAAAAUUCUGGGUGUUGGAAAGUCUUCCAGCAAGAAACGCUCCAGCCGCGCUGAUGCAGACAUUUCCAUGAGUGGCGCUCUCGAUGCAGACACGGCGAGGGCAGACCGUCGCCGUAGCAGAAAGCUCCAAGAUGAGGAUAUAGUCAUGGUUGAUGCCGGUGGCCCCACGGAAACGCCCCUGAAGCGUGGUACUUCCAUUGCCAAGAAGUCUGGGUUUUCCGGCCUCUUUAGCGGUUUGAUGUCCAAGGGCAAAGCGGAAGUUACGGACGACGGCGAAGCCAUGGAGACUGAUCGCGAUAGCCGUCGCAGGAGCAAGCGGGAUGGCGGUAGCGAAGGCUCCAAAGACGACGCUCGCCGCGAUAGAACGCGUAAGCGCGAAGAAGACCCCAAGCUGGAUGACAAGGAGGCACGUCGUGCUGAGCGCCGUGCCCGCAAACGUGAGGAGGAGGAGCGCCGCGAUGUCGAGGAUCGCGACGCCCGCCGAGCAGAACGCCGUCGCCAACGCAAGGAGAAGGAAGCUGCAGCCAUCGCGGCCGAAAGGGAGAACCAGGAUACCGAGCGCGACAUCAAGAAGGAGCGUCGCAAGUCGCGCCAGGUAGAUGGCUCUGAGGACGAAGGCGAGCGUCGACGUCGCCGAGACGCUCGCCGCGAAGCUCGCUCCACCGCUGAAGAGGGUGGUGGCAAACGCAAGAGCAGCCGUCAGCCAAACGAUGACGAACAGGUAUACCCGCACAAGGACCGCCGUCGCGACAAGAAUAAAAACGGCACGACUUGGCCUCAUUCAGGCACGUCCUCCUGGGUAAAGGAGCACUCAGAUGCGCCUCCACCACCAGAUGGUGGUGGAGAUGCGGAAGAUGACCAAGCCCGGCGUGACGCUCGACGCGCUCGCCGUCGUGCUAAGCAAGCUGGCGAGGCUACGGCUGACGAGGCCGACGACGAGAGACGCCGCCGUGCCAGAAAGGAAGAGCGCCAACGCGACCGCCGCGUGCCCCCAUCUGAUGCAAGCGAGGACCGCCAAACCAGUCGCCGCAACUCGGCGUUUAUCGAGCCACCUGUACGGACGAGCUGGUGGAAGAAGAUUACCGGGUGA